AAAUGACUUCACUUACUUCCUGCAUUGCGGAAGUGUUUACGAAAGUCCAUAGUCGCAGAUGACAACAUAUACUGUCAAAGUUGGCGGAAAGAAUGUUGGAGUGAUGGAGCUACAACCCUAGGACCCAGUCAUGCCGCCUAUUGUAGUCGUGCCUGACCUUGACAUUGUGUCAGAGGUCAGCACUGACGAAUGUGUGGAAAUGGACUUUCUCAUGCCAAAUGGAAUCUUUAUUCCACUGAAGGUCAACUUUUAUGAAUCACUAGAUAUAGUGAAAAGGAGACUAUGGAAGGAAGCUGAGGGCUACCCACUGUUUAGUGCCAUCAGCCAACAUCAGUCAUACUCUUUCAUCUUCAUCAACAGCAUGGGACAAAAGGAUGAGGUAACAGAUGAAGACUUCAGCUUGAAUGAUCUCCGACCUUCUGUGAAGUUUCUCAAGGUCAUAAAGAAGCAAUCUGAUGACCCGAAACGAACUUUGGAUCGACAAAAAAGUCAACUGAUAGGGCCUAAAGCAAUGCAGGUCAUUGAAGCACAGCAAGCUACCGAGGUAGCAGACUUCAGAUCAAGAAUGCAGACUGUUGGCAUUGAAGCCACUUACGAGAGAAACGAGGAUCCAACGGGCUGGCAAGCGUUUGUUACAAAGUAUCCUAUCCGUCUGACCAACGCUGGGCUCUCUGACUAUGGAAGAGAUAUAAUUCAGGAGGGCAUUGUACUAACGGUGUACGUGGAAGAGCCUUCUGGGAAUCAAAUAUCCUUCAUGAUGAAGGAAUCCAUAGAAAGCACUCCCUCUCAGCUGAUCACACAAGCUCUUAGUAAAUGGGCCAAUAAGACGGGAAAACAAGGACGUGUUGCUGACCAAUAUCUCCUCAAGGCUGUUGGCCUGUCUGACUAUGUCUACGGGGAACACGGUCUUGUACAGUAUAGGUAUGUCAAUGACUGUAUAAUGAAGAAUGAGGCGCCAGCUUUUCUACUACAAAAUAAAGAGGACAUAUUAGAGAAGACCGAGACAGUUAUUCGUCCACGUCCCAGCAUUCCCUCACGCCCAUCUACAGGGCUUAUAUCUUCUCCAUCUGUCAAGCAACCCACAUCCGUCUGGCAUGUCUUUGAGCCAUUCUCCUUCAAACUACAGUACGCUAAAAAUAUAGAGAUUCCCAAUGGUAAUAAGGUGAAGUUUUAUGCUGGACUGUUUUAUGGUCCAGAAUCACUAGAAACUAUUUAUACUGAAGACAUGGUGAUCUCUGAUAGUCAAUGUACCUGGAACGUAGAAAUGACCUUCAAAACAGAGGUCAGUGAAAUCCCACACAUGUGUCGCCUGUGUAUGGCUCUCAACGGACGCAAGGGCAAGGAAAAUACCCUAAUUGCGUGGGUAAAUGUACCGCUGUUUAACUUCAAGUCACGCCUGUUGAGAGGAGAAUACAAGUUUUCCAUGUGGGGCCGAUCAGAUCAUCAGCAGCAAGACGAAAGUUUUUACCCUAUGGGCACGGUGUCCCAGAAUCCUGAAGAUGCAACAAUAAUAGCUAUCACAGUCCCGACCUUCAACAGAGCAGUUCCCAUCGUCUUCCCAUCAGACAAAGAGGUGCUUCAGUGUGCUAGUGACAACAUGGAGGACCCAGACAGCCUGGGGUCCCCGACCUGGCAACCGAGUAACUCCCACCUGAUCCAGCUACAACAGAUCCUGGAGACUGAUUCGACCAAUAUGUGUCAGCUGGCCGAGCAAGAAAAGGAGCUUAUGUGGUUACUACGGUAUGAGUGCCGCGACAACUACCCACACGCACUUCCUCAACUCCUCUCCUCCGUCAAAUGGUACAACUACAAGGACGUCGCCAAAAUGCAGGCACUUCUACAGACAUGGAGAAAUAUACCUUUGGAUUGUGUACUCUCUCUCCUGGAUUACAACUUCCCUGACAAAAAUGUCCGCAAGAAGGCCAUUGACUGGCUUGAUGAGACACUCUCGUCUACUGGUGCACAACCACUAACAGAUCUGUAUACCCCUCUCACCCCUCUCUUCAAGGUCGGCUACCUCAGACAUGAGAAGUUUAAAGUUAUGGAUUCUAAGAAGAAGCCUCUGUGGCUACACUGGACAAACACUGAUGAGAGGGGCCAGGACAUUCUCAUCAUGUACAAGAAUGGGGACGAUCUCAGACAAGAUAUGCUAACAUUACAAAUGUUUACAAUCAUGGACGACAUCUGGAGGGCAGAUGGUCUCGAUCUCAGGAUGAACCCGUACCAAUGUGUGGCGACUGGUUUAAAUGAGGGUAUGAUCGAAGUAGUACAGAACUCCGCCACCAUCGCCAAGAUACAAGGCACCGGCCAAAAAUCUGCCUUCAACAAGACAGCAUUGUUUGACUGGCUCAAAAAGAAAAAUCCACUGGAAGAAAAUCUCAUAAAAGCAGUGAAUGAGUUCACCUUGUCAUGUGCUGGCUACAGUGUCGCCACCUACAUACUCGGCAUCGGCGACAGACACAAUGACAACAUCAUGUUGAAGGAGUCUGGCCAGCUAUUCCACAUUGACUUUGGACAUUUCCUUGGUAACUUCAAAAGUAAAUUUGGUGUAAAGAGAGAACGAGUUCCGUUCAUUCUAACAGAACACUUUGACUACAUCAUCACUAAAGGAGAAUCAAUGAUGGAAAACUAUAUCAAGUUCAGGAGCACUUGUGAAGAAGCUUACCUUAUAAUCCGUCGGAAGGGCUCGCUCCUCAUCCGACUAUUUAUGAUGAUGAUCAUGGCAGGGAUUCCCCAGUUGACAACCGUGAAUGAUGUUGAAUAUUUGAAAGAGACCCUGGCCCUCCAUCUCUCCGAAGACGAGGCCAGAGCCCGUUUCCUUCAGAAGUUCCAGGAAGCUAGCAGUAGCAGCUGGACAACUAAAGUGAAUUGGUGGAUACAUCUAAAGGCCCACUGAGGUGUAAUACACUGGACGUUUUAUCCUCGUGUCAAAACUAGUAGUGUAGGAAAAUACCAAAUUGUCCUAAUGGAGGUUAUACCCUGGUAGGAUCAAAUCUAGUACUCUGGGAGAGUACUUAAUUGUCCUUAUGGAUGUUGUUAUACUCUGGUAGGAUCAAGUCUAGUAGUCUAGGACAGUACUGAAUUGUCCUAAUGGAUGGCAUACCCUAGCAGGAUCAAACUAUCCUUCUGUUACACAAAAUACAUACAUCUUUUUUCUCUCGGGAAUUUCUUUGUUUUUAGCUAUGUGAUACUGAGGUAGAAGUAUUUUGUUGUUUCCGGUAAGUUAUAUUCUCUGUUAUAUAAUCUUUGAUUGAUGUUUGUUGUAUAUAGUAUUGUUAUAUUAUACAAUAUAAUAUUGUAUACACCUGUUAUACAUACUUUAUAGGGGCAUCCCGUUUUUGUUAGGGAAUAGAUAACUCUGUCUCGUAUAUGCAUGAGGUAGAAAAGACAGCUGUCUUGGGCUAAAGGUAGAAAAUGACAGUUGGCAUGUGUUAUGGACAGAAAAGGAGAGCUUGCAUGUGCUAUGGGUAGGAAAAGCCAGAUGGAAUGUGCUACGGGUAGGAAAAGCCAGAUGGAAUGUGCUACGGGUAGGAAAAGCCAGAUGGAAUGUGCAAUUGGUAGGAAAAGCCAGAUGGAAUGUGCUAUGGGCAGAACAAAGACAGCUGGCAUGUGCUCUGGAAAGAAAUGACAGCUUGCAUGUGAUGUAGACAGAAAAUGACUGCUGGCAUGUGCUAUGGACAGAAAAUGACAGCUGGCAUGUGAUGUAGACAGAAAAUGACAGCUGGCAUGUGCUAUGGACAGAAAAUGGCAGCUGGUAUGUCAUAUGGGCAGAAAAGACAGCUUGUAUGUGAUGUGGACAGAAAAAGACAGCUUGAUGUGUUAUUGGUAGGAAAAACCAGAUGGAAUGUGUUAUGGGCAGAAAAAAGACAGCUGGCAUGUGCUAGAGGUAGAACAAGACAGCUGGCAUGUGCUAGAGGUAGAACAAGACAGCUGGCAUGUGCUAAAGGUAGAACAAGACAGCUGGCAUGUGCUAAAGGUAGAACAAGACAGCUGGCAUGUGCUAGAGGUAGAACAAGACAGCUGGCAUGUGCUAGAGGUAGAACAAGACAGCUGGCAUGUGCUAAAGGUAGAACAAGACAGCUGGCAUGUGCUAAAGGUAGAACAAGACAGCUGGCAUGUGCUAAAGGUAGAACAAGACAGCUGGCAUGUGCUAAAGGUAGAACAAGACAGCUGGCAUGUGCUAAAGGUAGAACAAGACAGCUGGCAUGUGCUAAAGGUAGAACAAGACAGCUGGCAUGUGCUAAAGGUAGAACAAGACAGCUGGCAUGUGCUAAAGGUAGAACAAGACAGCUUGCAUGCUUAUGGCUCUGACUUUGUAUUAAUAAGUUAUUAUGAACCAACAACGAACUUAAUUGAGGACUGCAGGACGAAGUUAGGGAUAUGUUAAUAUUUGAGUCAAUCCAUUUUAUUGGGAUGAGACGUUUAUUGGGAUGAGACAUUUAACGAGAUUAGACAUUUGUUGAAUAUUUAGUAUUUCAUUAUCAUAUUUCCUGACUUUUUUAUAUAGUAACAAAGUAUAUGAUAUUUUGCAUCAUUCCACGGAUCCUAUCUUAUUUAUUUAGAUGUAAAUAUUUUCUUUUUAAGGUUCAAUGUAUUAAGUUAAUUGAGUUGUUACCGAGUGUCAAGCUUUAAAGGAAGAUAAUUAAUAUAUUGUGUGCAAUUUUUGUUAAACUGUUAUCAUCUGUAUGAUACUGAAUUUAUCUCAAAGUUUAUGUUGAUAAUAAGCACAUCCUUAUUGCAAUCAAUUAGAAAUCCCAACAAUUGUGGUUUCUCUGACCUGUAAUAAGCCUGUCCCUUACUUUGAGUAAGAGGUCAUGUGUUGACCCAAUGGGCUUAAACACUAUUAGUAUUUUAUAUAUUGUUCCAUAAGAUGUGUACAUACAUUUGUAGGAUUCAUGCACAUUCCUCUAGAUAUUUUAAAUUUUAGAUCUAUUUUGAGUUUCCUAAGUGUAAAUUCCUGUCAAGAUUUCCACGAUUCAGGCCUCUAGCAUUAGUGACGAGUGCUAUAAGGACAAAACAGGAAUAUGAUGCAGUUCAAUUCCUUUUUGUCUCCAAUGUGUCUCUCAAUUUGUUUUAAACAGUGGUAUUAUUCUGUGUUAAAACAGUGGUAAUAUUCUGUGUUAAAACAGUCGUGAUAUUCUGUGUGAAAACAGUGGUAUUAUUCUGUAUUAAAACAAUGGUAAUAUUCUGUGUUAAAACAGUGGUAUUAUUCUGUGUUAAAACAGUGGUAAUAUUCAGUGUUAAAACAGUGGUGAUAUUCAGUGUUAAACAGUGGUAUUAUUCUGUGUUAAAACAGUGGUAUUAUUCUGUGUUAAAACAGUGGUAUAAUUCUGUGUUAAAACAGUGGUAAUAUUCUGUGUUAAAACAGUGGUAAUAUUCUGUGUUAAAACAGUGGUAAUAUUCAGUGUUAAAACAGUGGUAUUAUUCUGUGUUAAAACAGUGGUAUUAUUCUGUGUUAAAACAGUGGUAUAAUUCUGUGUUAAAACAGUGGUAUUAUUCUGUGUUAAAACAGUGGUAAUAUUCUGUGUUAAAACUGGUGAUAUUCAGUUUUAAAACAGUGGUAAUAUUCUGUGUUAAAACAGUGGUAAUAUUCUGUGUUAAAACAGUGGUAAUAUUCUGUGUUAAAACAGUGGUAAUAUUCAGUGUUAAAACAGUGGUAUUAUUCAGUGUUAAAACAGUGGUGAUAUUCUGUGUUAAAACAGUGGUAUUAUUCUGUGUUAAAACAGUGGUAUUAUUCUGUGUUAAAACAGUGGUAAUAUUCAGUGUUAAAACAGUGGUAUUAUUCUGUGUUAAAACAGUGGUAAUAUUCAGUGUUAAAACAGUGGUAUUAUUCUGUAUUAAAACAGUGGUGAUAUUCUGUGUUAAAACAGUGGUGAUAUUCUGUAUUAAAACAGUUGUAAUAUUCUGUGUUAAAACAGUGGUAAUAUUCAGUGUUAAAACAGUGGUAUUAUUCUGUGUUAAAACAGUGGUAUUAUUCUGUGUUAAAACAGUGGUAUUAUUCUGUGUUAAAACAGUGGUAAUAUUCAGUGUUAAAACAGUGGUAUUAUUCUGUGUUAAAACAGUGGUAAUAUUCAGUGUUAAAACAGUGGUAUUAUUCUGUGUUAAAACAAUGGUGAUAUUCUGUGUUAAAACAGUGGUAAUAUUCAGUGUUAAAACAGUGGUAUUAUUCUGUGUUAAAACAGUGGUAUUAUUCUGUGUUAAAACAAUGGUGAUAUUCUGUGUUAAAACAGUGGUAUUAUUCUGUGUUAAAACAGUGGUAAUAUUCAGUGUUAAAACAGUGGUAAUAUUCAGUGUUAAAACAGUGGUAAUAGUCUGUGUUAAAACAGUGGUAUUAUUCUGUGUUAAAACAGUGGUGGUAAUAUUCUGUGUUAAAACAGUGGUAAUAUUCUGUGUUAAAACAGUGGUGAUAUUCAGUGUUAAAACAGUGGUAAUAUUCUGUGUUAAAACAGUGGUAAUAUUCUGUGAUAAAACAGUGGUAAUAUUCAGUGUUAAAACAGUGGUAAUAUUCAGUGUUAAAACAGUGGUAUUAUUCUGUGUUAAAACAGUGGUAUUAUUCUGUGUUAAAACAAUGGUAAUAUUCAGUGUUAAAACAGUGGUAUUAUUCUGUGUUAAAACAAUGGUGAUAUUCAGUGUUAAAACAGUGGUAUUAUUCUGUGUUAAAACAGUGGUAAUAUUCUGUGUUAAAACAGUGGUGGUAAUAUUCUGCUUAUUACAAAAUAAACCAGUGUCCCUUAUUUGGCUAAUCCGUAUACAUUUUAAAACCUUGUAAAAAAAUUCAAUAUAACAAACUAUUUUCUCUGGUCCUGAUCGAUUUGUAUAAACUAGUUUUAGAUCUACCUUUUUUAGACAAAACAGUUAUAAAAUGGUAAAAUAUCUGAAUUUACUGAAAGGGUAUCUAUAACAAAUUAAUCUAUUUGCAACUAUUUGCUUGUGUAUGUUUUGUAGAAGGUAAAGAGUAUAUUUAGUUUUAACUGUAAAGUUAGUGACAAAUUAAUUCUGGAUAUGUAUUAAUCUUAAAUUAACUAUUUUGUAUCUUAAAAUCAGCUUAAUCCUUUAAUGCCUUUCAGUAUGAUACAGGAGUACAUGUACAGUAUUACAGUAUGUAGAAGUACAAUUGUUAGCCUUUCAGUACGAUACAGAAGUACAUGUACAGUAUGUAGAAGUACAAGUGUUAGACUUUCAGUACGAUACAGAAGUACAUGUACAGUAUGUAGAAGUACAAGUGUUGGCCUUUCAGUACGAUACAGAAGUACAUGUACAGUAUGUAGAAGUACAAGUGUUAGACUUUCAGUACGAUACAGAAGUACAUGUACAGUAUUACAGUAUGUAGAAGUACAAGUGUUAGCCUUUCAGUACGAUACAGAAGUACAUGUACAGUAUUACAGUAUAUAGAAGUACCACUGUUAGCCUUUCAGUAUGAUGCUGGAGUACAUGUACAGUAUUACAGUAUAUAGAAGUACCACUGUUAGCCUUUCAGUAGGAUACAGAAGUACAUGUACAGUAUUACAGUAUAUAGAAGUACCACUGUUAGCCUUUAAGUAUGAUACUGGAGUACAUGUACAGUAUGUAGAAGUACAACUGUUAGACUUUCAGUAGGAUACAGAAGUACAUGUACAGUAUUACAGUAUAUAGAAGUACCACUGUUAGCCUUUAAGUAUGAUACUGGAGUACAUGUACAGUAUUACAGUAUGUAGAAGUACAAGUGUUGGCCUUUCAGUAUGAUACAGGAGUACAUGUACAGUAUUACAGUAUGUAGAAGUACAACUGUUAGCCUUUCGGGACGAUACGGGAGCAGAAGUACUUAGUGUUACAAUAUAAUGAACUAAAGUUACUUCAUAAAUCAUCAAUGCAAUCUUUAAUAUGUGAUGCAAGCAAUCACAACUAAUAUGUUCUAAUCAACAGUUAUCAAUAUUGAAAUGUUGAGUUUUUACAAGCCAUUCCUAUUUCUGUGCCAUGAAGUUUGAUAGAUUAUGUAAAUGUGUUAGAUGAGUAUGUGUGAUGCAGUGUACAUGUAUAUAAGGCAGUCCUAUGAUAAACGUUAUUGUCCAGUAUACUGUAAAGAUUAUAUUCAGGGAAUUUUAUUUUCUAUUAUAGAAUCACAAAAAGAAAUUCCUUCACAAUAAUAACUAAUGUAACAAAUUGAUUACACCAAUAACUUUAAG